AUGGAGGAUGAAAUCGACUACGGCGACGCUGAGAAAUAUGUUAACGAUGAAUCUAUCGAAAUGGCUUGGGCAAUACAGGUUUAACCGGCUUUUUUUUCAAAAGAAAACUUACAAAUUACGUUUAGGCGGCUGAAAGAGCUAACAUUCACAUGAAUCUUGUCAUGUGCUGCAACACCAAACUUUUGCGUCUUAACAAAUUUCAAGAUGAAAUCUUGAAAAGUUUCCGGGAGCGUUUUCCCGAUCUGAAUGUUGAGAAGGUUGUGUCAGAUUUUGAAAAAAUUGAAUUCAUCAAACCACGGAUUUAUUAAACUAUUAUACGACUUAGUUUCAGAUCUGCAAAUCUCAAAAAGUCGAAAAGCGUUUGAGGAUUGCCACGCCAGAAAAUCCGUGUGUUCUGACCCCAAAAUCAUAGAACACUCUUCAGCUUUUUUUGAGAUGUAAAGAUCUGAUAUCCAGUCUUUUCAUCGAAAUUCUGCAACGAAAUCUGUAAAUUUCUGUAUCUUGCACUUAAAUUUUACUGUUUUUUUAAACUGAGUCGAGAAAUUUAGUCAUAUCAUUUUUAAAUUAUUGUUGAUUGCAGGUUUCACAUAAGGAGCUUAAAGAAGAUGGAAUGAAAGAGAAAUGGAGGGAAUUCUGUGAUAUUUUUUUAAAGAGGUUUUUUUAAAAAUUUCCCGAAAAAUAAUUUAUCUUAUUUUUUUAGAAAGUGGAUGACUUCUCUAUGGGUACCCUUAUGAGAAUAGAAGUUACAAAAGCUUAUAGUCCAGACAACACAGUGGUGGUUCCCAAGGUAAUUUAAAAAUGAAAAUCUUGCGAUACAAUCAUUUUUUUUAGAUAA